UUUUCUAUUCCACACAAGCAGUAUCGAUCUAACCACCACUUCUUGCACUCUGACAUUUCAGAUCAACAAACAUGGUCGACAACAGUACAACCAACAAUAACGGGCAGCAGCUACCCGGCCAAGAUUUGCACCGGCGAGGUGGCUCACAGGUGGUCGACCAUGAUGGCCACGGCUCCAUGCUGCAACCUGAGGCGUGGCCGGUUUUGACUGCAACUGGUUACAUACUACUAGCUGUGGCAGGGCCUGGGGUCUUGUCCUUGGCUUGGAACAUGGCUCAGCUUGGAUGGAUUGCUGGUCCUGCUGCGAUAAUUUUGUUGUCCUUCCUUACUUGGAUUGCCUCCAUAAUCCUCUGCGACUUCUAUUUUUCACCUCAUGACCCUGACAAGAGAAACCCAUCUUACAUGCACGUCAUUCGAUCCUAUCUUGGUGCCGGCCGUACUGCAAAUGUCAAGAUAUGCUGGGUAAUUCAGUACUUGAAUCUUUUUGUGAUUGCCAGUUUGUACACAGACUCAGCAUCCCAAAUGAUGGCGGAUAUCGAAUGGGUCUCUAAAUGCUCCAACAGCAACAACGUUAAUGUUGAUGACAGCAUUAAGAUACCAUGUUGGGUUUAUCAGAAACCGUAUUACAUUGUAUUUGGUGUCACUCAAAUACUUCUCUCCCAAAUUUCCGAUUUUCGUCGCUUACGUUGGCUCAUCCUUCUCUGUUUCGGGGCGUUCCUAAUUUUUUCAUCAAUUGGUGUUGGCCUUUCUUUCACCAAAAUAGCAAGUAAUAAUUGGAGCAUCAAGGGAAGUCUGGAGCCUCAAGGUAAUAUUAAUAUGACUCGAGCCAAAAAGACGUGGCUGAUCUUUAAAGCGCUUGGGCAUAUAUCUGACGGAUUCGAUUUCUCUAGCGUCCUUCUUGAAAUUGAGGACACAAUUGGCCGUGGACUUCCAGCACAAGAGGCCCAGAAAAUCAUGAGGAAGGCCAUUCAUUAUGGCCUUCCAGCCACAACCUGUGUGUACCUGUUUUUUGGCUGCCUCGGUUACGCUGCUUUGGGAGAGGAUUCCCCUGAAUACAUAUUCCUUUAUGGCUUCUAUAAACCUCAUUGGCUUCUAAACAUAGCAAAUGCGGCAAUGGUACUCCACUAUGCAGGUGCAUACCAACUUUUCAUCCAACCCAUUUUCGCAAUGUUUGAGAAAGCUGUUGUGAAAAGAUUUAGCCCGGAUAAUGAAUUCAUCAAGAGGAAAAUUAAAAUCUGGACCUCCGAAUUCAAGCUCUUCCAGUUGGUUUUGAGGACAUUUUUCGUGAUCGUGACCACUUUGUUAUCAAUGUUUCUAGCGAUUUACUUGGACAUUCUUGAACUCAUUAAGAUUCUAGCAUUUUGGCCCAUCGUAUUUUACUUCCCUGUGAAGAUUUAUAUAAUGGAAAAGAAAAUACCAAUGUGGAGCGCAAAAGGUCUGGGGCUUCAGAUAAUGAGUUUCGGGAUCCUCAUCGUUACCAUAGCUGUAGCUGCUGCCAAUAUUGUCGAGGUUUUUCUCGAGGAUUCUUAUAAUCCAAUCAUGCCGAAUCGCUAUCCCGGCUAG